GCAGUGUUGAGUGGAGCGAUACCUCAGUGUGAAGAGGAAGGAUGUGAUGGUGGUAGUGGUAGUGAGGGAUGGAGACUAGCAGUAGUGAUAUUGCUGGUGUGGCAAAAAUUCAUUCAAGAAAAGUAUCUACCCUCGCGUUUAAGAUAGUAAAAGAUAUACAGAUAUGUAUAUAUGUUUAUUAAAUCCAUUGGUAGAAAACGUUAUGGGAUGAUAUGCAGUGAAGCUUGGUUUUGUGUGAGAAGAACAGUGUGAGGAAGAUUAAUGCGACAAAACCUAUGAAACACGAGCACGGGAGUUGUGAACAGUGAACCAGUCAGACCCGCUAACUGCAAAUGAGUAAGCAGAGACACGACAAAACUAGUGAAAACCGAACAGUAAAACGAAGGUGAUAGUUGUAAACAGUGAAUUGGUUGUCUCACACUUGUGCACAGUACGAGGCACAGACUUAGGGAUAGUGAACUGAUUAUCGUACUCAGCACACGAGAAGGGGAGCCAUGUGCUUUGAGGCAGUGUGGGCGUGGCUGCGCUCCACCCUAGCGCAAACUGAAGCCAGGUUCCAGUACCGCUUGGACAAGUUUCGUGCGCGGCGGGCUCGGAAGCGAUGGCUGCAUCAGGAACUCAAAGUCACGAGGAACUGCAACCCUUAUGAGCGUGACUGUACUAUCUACAGCAACUACAACCACCUCAUCUACCAGCCCCAGCACCCCUACAUGCCUACCACGUAUAGGACGGAGGACGAGGACGCGCCCCGCGAGUUCUCAGACACGGAGCAGGGUGUGGGCGUGUUGUCGCCGCAGCGGCUCAGUCAACGCCUGAACGAGAAUGCCCUGGCCCGCGAGGCAGUGGGGGAGAGCGACGCAGAGUUGGCCCAGUACCUCAAGGACGAACGCAUCGCCCUGUUCCUGCAGAAUGACGAGUUUAUGGACGAGCUGCGGACCAACAGGGAAUUUAUGACAGCCUUGCAGGAGGAUUAUGAAUCAGAAGCAGGGGAUGAUGAUGAAACUGAAGGAGCCAAAGGCAAAGGCCAGUUGGCUCAGCUAGAUGAUGCAACACUCAGAGAGAGAAUUGCUACUAUGGGUAAAGCAUCAAGAAAGAAGUUUGCACAGAUUGCCAAGGUAUUUUCCCGGCGCAAGCGGACCAGCAGCCGAACUUUACUUCCAAGUGUGGGGAGAGACCAGCUCUUGAUAUCAGCUGACCCAUUAAUAGAAGAUGAAGAUGAUGAAAGACAAACUCAGCAGGUGGAAGGAGGGGUGUCUGCAUCACCAAGACUACUGCGAUAGAAGCUUGCCUCUCCCACCAUGAUGCACUUAGGACACCAGUGUUGAACCUUCUCCCAAGACACACAGUAGGCACAUACACAUUAAUGCUGUCUUAUUUUCUAGGAAUACUGUAUCCUAAAUUCACGAAAACAUUAUCACAAAAACGGAAAAGAAGAAUUGUGUUGAAAGUUUGUAGCAGUUUGCUAGCUCUUUCACUCCUCCUUCAACUGAAGAGGUUCACAAAUCAAAAGAUGUACUGUAUUAGCUUUUCCUUUUCUUACUGUUAGAUAUUUUUUUUUUUUGUAGUAAUUGCUGAGACCAAUUCCUGUGUUGAAAAUCCCAAGAAAUUUAUACUGUACUUAAUAUCUCCAUAUGUACAAUAAUUCUAGUUAUUUUAAGAAUGUUAUUAUUUUAUUGUAAUAACAUAUUUUUAUAAUUUAUUAUGAACAUAGUAUGUAUAGCUUGUAGCAGGAGAUCUAUAUUUAUUUAUACAGAUUUGAGUGUCCUGGCAUAUAUUUUUAAGGAUUAUAUACAUUCUUUUUUAUAAAUACAUAUAUACAUGGUUGAUUUUUAUUUGUAUUCUAUUUUCAAAUCAUUCUUGUUAGUUAAAGUAUGUCCUCACAACUCUGUAUAUGUAUCUGUGACAUGGAAUGCUCAAGUAGCUAAAAAAUGAAUGAAUAAAUAAAAGUUUGAAAAAGUUGAGAGUAGACUGCUUAUGAAGCACUAUUGUCUGGUGCCAUAAAGCACCACAUUGCUGCAGUAGAAAACUGAAACAUUAAUGAUUAUUUCAACAAUUUUUUAUACAGUAUACAUGUAUGCUAGAUUUGAUAUUAUAUAUGGAUAUUGACUAUUGAACCUCAUUUGCAGGAUAUAGAAUGAUUAAAGUUGAUUUUUUUUUCAUGUGCAUAACCAUGUUCCUACAUUAUUGAUAUAUGCAUUUUGGCUUAUUUGUAUAAUAAAAAGUAUCACUUGAAAUAUCUAAUUGAUAUUAGAAAUGUUCUGCACUGAUAUUAACUUAUAUUCAUACACUCAACUUACAUCAACCAAUCAAGUUAAGACUCAUCUGAAUUCCUCACUACUAGAAUAUUCCAAUUUGCUAUUUGGAGUAUGAGCUCAUCCACUAGUAAGCCUACAGCAACACAUGAUUCCUGGUACCUAUAUUCUUGUUCUGUGGGUACAAUGUCGCAUAUGUCAAUGAUAUGAAAUCUCACAAUUUUCCACUUUGAAGUGCUGUGAAAAAAAAAAAAAUCAUUAUAUAUAUAUAUAUAUAUAUAUAUAUAUAUAUAUAUAUAUAUAUAUAUAUAUAUAUAUAUAUAUAUAUAUAUAUAUAUAUAUAUGCUAUUCCAAUGUCAGCAUAUUGCUAGGACAUCUUUGAAAUGUGCUUUGCAAAAAUAACACACCCACAGCAUCACUGACCAGCAGAGAUGUGGUAUGAGCUGAGAGCUGGUGCUGGUGUUGGUGCUGCUUGGACACUGUCACACCAUUGGGAAACUUUGAAUUCUUGCUCUGUUAUUUCUUUCAUUUAUAUAGUAUCAGAGAUAUUUAUUUUCUGCUUCUUAACUUGAUUCCUGGAAAUAUGUACAUAGUUUAUCAUGACUCAAACAAAUUUAUUAAAAAUAUCAUCACAUCUGACACACCACCAAGAGUUUUCAAGACACUCCUCAAUCAUCCUCAUCAUCCAUACCCAUCAUCCCUGUAGUGCUAAACAGGAUCUUUCGUCUCUGUCAGUACAUACUGUAAUUACACGUGUAGUAAGAUGUUCGCUAGCUUCUGCCACUUUCUUUGCAUUUUACUUAAAAUUCCUGAUCUUUGAAUGUUUCAACAAUAUUGUGAUAUUCAGAGAUAUUUUUUACUUUGUCCUUCUUGAGGUUAAGUGUUUGAUAUUAAUAUUCACCACUAAGAAGAUAUUUGUGUACAUAAAAAAGAAAUUGAAAUUUAUAUUUCAUAUUUUGUUUAUUGGAGAAUUUAGAGAAAAUUCAUAAUGCCAUGGGGUCUUAGAACUAGGUGGGUAUUAUGUUGUAAACAUUCUUACAAAGCUAUACAUUGAUUAGUUUUCCUGAAAUGAAGUCUCAAUUAACAUUGAUAUCUUCAGAAAAUAAAUUCAUUAUGAUAAGGUUGCAUCUUCAUACAUUUCAUCUGCAGUCGAACCUUUCUAAAAGUGAAAACCAGUCUUCACAUUUCAUAAUGAUAUAGUUUAUGGUGCACAUUCUACUACUGUAUAUAUUCCUUACCAGCCAUGCACAAUGGCAUUUCCAAGCAGUAGGCAGCCAAACAGAAUGAUUGCAAAAGCUUUCCAGAGUUUUAUUAUUUGUUUUUAUUGUUUCAUUGCCACAGAGUCAGUAUUGCACUGCACCUCCCAAUGUUUGUUUUACUAUGAUGCCAAUGAGAAUGUUGCCCAUGUUUGGAACAGCAGUCUCCAAUAUUGGCCAGUUGUAAGAUGAUUAUUACUGUAUCUUGUUAUUUUCAUUGAACUUUGUUGUCAUUGGAAGUACAUUAGAAUCAAUGAGCAAGUGGUGGUUACAUAGCAGUGUGGGGAUUGUGGUGACUGUGAUGGGGGUGGCAGAGAGGACUAAGGCAUCAAGGAAAGAGCAGGUUUCUUAGUUCCUGUUCUAUUCAGGAUUGCUAUAAGUCUUGUCAGCAUUUACAAUCCAUCUUAAUGUUUGAAUUUGAAGAAAAACUAAGAAAUGUUUAGGAUUGUAGCAGAUCACUUCUGCUGUGUAUUGUAAACAUUACUCAAGGUAUUCUUUUUUUUUUUUUUUUUUUUUGUGUGUGUGUGUGUGUGUGUGUGUGUGUGUGUGUGUGUGUGUUAAUUACUUUAUUCAUCAACUAGUAUUUAUGAAAUUUUUAUGUACCAGAAUUUGUUCUAUAUUAUAUAAUUAAAAGGGCUAGAAUUGUAUUCUACUCAAGGUGGUUUGAUAAAUUCCUUACAUAAUCACACCAGUUAAUUAUGGACACUAUCUGGAUACACCAUUCCAGACUGCCUUAUUUUGUGAUCCACUGGUAUUGUUAAGUUACAUUGAUAACAACACUUAUUUUAGUGCUUGUGUUCAGCAGAGUUCUGUCCUCAUAAUUAUUACAUGAGAGCGUGCAUGUUGUGUAUCCCCUCCACCAUGCACCAUGAAUGAGUCGUUGCAGAUUGAGAGUUACAAUAGUUUUAUCCUUUUGAGUACAAGAGUUAGCUUUAGGGUAACUGAACAAAUAGUCAACAUCAACUUAUCGAUAUGUAUACCUAAUAAUCUAUGGCAUCUUCAGAUAUUUAUUUCUAUAUAGGUAAUACUUGUAAGUGUCAUUUGCCUGGGAAAAAAUAAUGCUAUGUAUGCUUAUGCCAUGAAUGCAUGUAUGAAAUGUGACAUUAUUAUGAUGUCAUAAAAUCUUGUGUAUAAAUACUGAGUUAAGAAUAUGGAAACCAGUCUAUUGUACUUGUUGAUUGUUUAAAAAUUGAUAGAAAAGGUAAUAUCAAUCAGCAGCUAGUAAUUUUCAUUUGCCAUUCGAGUAUAUCCAACAGACAUUCUUGAAUAACUGGAUAAUGAUAUGGAAUUAGAAAGAUGGUUCAGGUAUGUCAUGAUAUAGAAUUGUUUUUGAAUAAAGAUGUAUUAUAUGCAACUGGGUGAUUGAAUC